CCAACACAAUCAACCCCGCGCCGCUAUUGAGAACGAAGGGUCACGCUCUUGUCUUGUGUGCUUCCUGAAACCGGCUCGAUCUUCUCCCGCCCGUUAAACGGUCACAACAGCAAGGAAAACGUGUUGAAAGGUCUUCCGUAAAGCGUAGAAAGUUUCCCCAGAAGAAGCAAAGUCGUCUGUCUUAAAAAGUAGCUGAAAAAUGGAUCACAGCAGAGUCGAAGAAGAAGCCGCAUACCGGGAGGCUUGCAAGAAGCUGCUGUUCAAUGAUGGCACAAGAACUGCUCUUGUUUUGCUGUCUCUGUUGACCCUUUUCCCCAUUGGAAUCGUCUCAAUUGUUUUCUGGAUUUUGGCUCGAAAGGCUGGAGGACACGGUGAGAGGAAGAAGGAAGCUGAGAACUAUCACGAGGCUGAGACUAUGGCACUGACGUCCAUUUCAUUUGGCUUGUGCACUGUGCUCACUAUUCUGAUCUGCAUUCCUCAAUUGAAGAGAGGAGAUAUUUGAUCAAAAUAAGGGCUGGAACAUUCUGAGUGUUCACUUCCUUAUGGCAUUGAGCCAAUGACGUAUAACAUUUAUUAGUUUUUCAGUAGUCAUAUCUUUAUGAGAUCCCCAGUCAUAGAUGUUAUUACUGCAAAAUUACGCUGAUUUGCUAAGAUGGUGAGAUAGAUGCUAACCCUUUUUUGGUUUGUUUGCCUAUUCUUUUUAUGUUUGUUUCAUAUAAUAAAGUGCUGUUAAUUUUCUUCAUGUAAUAACAGUAAUUGUUUACUUUUUGGCAUGUUUUAUUCGUUCUUGUUGAAAAGGGAAUGACAGUUUCACUAUGACGGAUUUCCUUGACAUAUUGCACUUGUUGCGAGAUAUUUUAAACCUCGUAAAUUAAGCCGAAUAAUUUUCCAAUGAUUUAAAAAUUGAUUUACUCCUUAGCAUUCAUCGUCGGAAUUUUACAGGAAGUUAGCUUCAUUUGGCAAUGGAAAUAAUUUCCUGAAAUAAUAUAAAGCCUUGUAAACCUCCAGCGUCGUUCAUGGUUUAAAGAGAGACACUUACGUUUUCUCAUUAAAAGUAGUUAUGGCUUUGUUAAAAAUAA